UACCUUCAUGAUGACUCUGGGACCGAGAUAUCCUCUAAAACACCAGGUUCACCUGCACCUGGAGGGGAAACAAAAGACACUCAGUCAACACCACAGGCAGCCCUCCGCACUGGUGGAGGCGGAGGGAAGGAACCCAGCGACACCCGAACCCCGAAGAAAGAGCCGCACCGGGGCGCCAGCCCCGAGCCAACACACGCCUACUCGGGGCUCCCUCGGGCCCCGCCAUCCCCGCAAACCCAGCCACCUACACAGCUCGGCGGCUUCCCGUCCCCAUUGUCGAGACCCGACGGAGUUUCCCGUCUACGACAAUGACGCCAUUUCUGUCAGAGAAGAAACUCACAACAAGCCCGGCGUCCGGCGCAAGGCCGGCCGCUCUCCCCGAGGGCCUCGGCACCCGCCCCAGCGAGUCCGCGCCCCCACGGGCCGAGUCGGAGCGGGAGGCCAGCCGGGGGCCGCCGAGGGGCCAGGGGGGCCUGUGGGCCGCGGGCAGGACCGGCCCGCUGCAGAGCCUCUGCCCACGUCCCGUUCAGGGCGCAGACCCCACAAGUGCAAGCGGGAUCAACAUCGGGCCCCGCUGCGGGGACAACCUGGGCCCAGCGACUCCCAAAAGGACCCCCCCUUAGGAGACCACGAAAGCCCCACAUAACGUCCCUACCUUCCUCGGAGGCGAGAUCUGACCCUGGUACGUCCAGAGUCCCCUCUCUCCUCCUCCCCCCCAAAACCAGCAGGCCCGGGGGAGAGAUGGGGAAGAAGGGCGGCGGGUCCAGCGGCUGCUGAGGCAGAGGCUCCGGCUCCUCCUCCUCCCGCGGCGGCGACUGGUACCUUUGUUUGGCGGCCGCUCGGGCUCCCUGGUUGGGGGGAGGGGGACGACGAAAAAUCCCUCCCGGACUGGAGGUCCGGGCCCCCAGUCGCGCUGCCCUCCAGAGGACGGCGGCGAUGGACCCUCUGCAGCUCCCUCCGGGCAAAGGUCCAGGCGGUGGCCGCGGCGGCGGCAAGCUGAAGCUCAAGAGUCUCCCUCCGCUCCGGCGACCCAGCUCCUCACUCCGGACUCGACUGACGGGCAAACAUCGCUUCCCCCCCAACUCGAGGUCCCCCCCCCGCCUCCUUUCUCCCCUCCCCUAGAUCUUUUCCCCCUCCCCUACCUCUUUCCCGGAUGGCCUCUUAGACGACCUCGGAUUGGUUGAAGUUCUUUAGAACCCACCUAUACCCUGUUCCUAGUGGUCCCUGGAUACAAACAACGACGCCAUUUUCCCACCAGUUCUAUGGAAACAGAAAGUUACGCCUCAAAGCUUCCUGGGAAAUGGAGUCCAAUCUAUUGGGCAAACGCGCAAA